CAUGAGUCUUUUGAAGAUCCCCUUCCUCGUAGCCUCAGCCAUUGGCGUCCAAAUUUCGUUCACUACUUCUUCUCCGCCACCGUCAUCUGAAGAGAAGCUGAAGCCCACCAUCUUAGAAUCUUCCUUUAGCUCCGCGGCCAACAUCAUUGCCAUGCAUAUAGAUCCCUCGAAAAUUCCGGGGGGGAUCUACGGCGCCCGCGAAGCUGUGCAGCUUCUACGCUCUCUUCAUUCCAUGCCAAUCACUCCCACGUUUCUUGCGUGCAAUCUUGCCAUCGUGAUUGGGGGCAUGUUGAGGUUUUACUGUAUGUCGACGCUAGGAAAGUUUUGGAGCUUCCAACUCAGCAUCAGGAAAGAGCACAAACUUGUGACGAAUGGGCCGUACUCCGUCGUCCGCCAUCCAAGCUACACCGGUUGCCUUCUCCAAUCUGUUGGUAUCAUCGUCAUGUACGGAAGCCCAGGGUCGUGGAUGUGGCAGUCUGGGAUUCUACAAGUGCCUUUUAUGACAGCGCUAGCGGUCGUUGGCUGCCUCAUAUAUACAUUAGCUGUCUGGGUUUCCAUCAACCGACCUGCUAUAGAGGACAAGAUAAUGCAACGUGCUAUGGGAGAGGAAUGGGAGAACUGGGCGGAGAAGGUGAAAUAUCGAUUGCUUCCUGGGGUCUAUUAAUUAUCUACAUAUCGAAUGCUGUGUUUGCUUUCCGUACCGUAUUGUGUUGAUUUGUAUUCUAUAGGAGUUGAUUGUAUGUCACUGACGAGGCAUAGGUAUGAUGACACGAGGUUCGACGCGGCAUGAAUGAGCUUCGACGUGGCAUGUGCCAUGGUUGACUAUAGGUAAGUGUGAAUGUUGAUAUUAGUACAGAGAC